AUGCAAGGGCCAAUCCCUAACAUUAUUACCUUACCGUAUGGCAAAUGCCCACCAUUACACAUACAGGCACCGAGUUGGAGGCAUCUACUCAAGCUUUUAACGCGACUUAGUGAAAGCAGGGUUGAACCUACAGUUGAAGCUCUUGCUGGAGCGAAAAUGGAUUUAAAACUGCGGACUGUGAUUCAGUUCUUAAAGGUACACCACUCGUCCAACGAAUGGCGGACGAUAGUUUAUCUGACGAUCGAUACCCCGGUACCACCGACAACAACGAACAUUUUUAAAUAUACCAACGGAGAUGUCAAUACGUUACCGUUCUCUUAUUCAGUUUCGCCAACCCCUGCAUUGCUUCGCGCUGGCGCGGGUGAAUCUAACUUAUCAAAAAUCUUUACUAUACCUUCGACCGCCAAUACACCAUUCCCGACUCUUCCUAUGUCCCUUCCUGAUUUUGCUAUGUAUUUGCACGCUGUUCUGGAGGACUCACGUCGAGCUUCGAAUGAUAGUUCUGGUGGACUGAAGAAGCUUGCGAAGAUGGUGGAUACGUUUUAUCCUGCAUCGACUGAUGGGCUGGAAGGGAUUGGACCAGAGCCCGCUGGUCCUGACAGACGAGGAGUGGGUGGAUUCUUCCGACGGGCACUCGGGAGGGGGAAUAGGGAAUCUCAAAACCAGCGAGGUGGGAAUGCGGAACGAUUUGAAUUUAUCACACCUUUCCGAAUCGACGAGUAUCGAUGA